AUGGGCUGGGGCGCCGACGGCCAGCUGGGCACCGGCACAGCGGGCGACUCAAUGCCAGGGAUACCGCAGGUGGUCUGCAACCUGCCGUUUCCUAUUGAGCAGCUAUCGGCUUCGACGGAUUUUGCGCUGGCGCGGGACUCCGCCAAUAAUCUGCGAUACUGGGGGAACGCCGAGUAUGGCCAGGCGAUGACUGGCGCGCCCAUUGACCAGGUGCUCACCCCGCUAUGCGUCCCCUUGGUGCCACAUUGCGCGCCUAUCCGCGAUAUUGCCGCCGCCGGCACGCUUUCCUUGGUGCUGGACUACGGCGGCCAUGUUUUUGUCUGCGGGUAUGGCGCCCUGGGCUUGGGCCCCCGCCUGCGCAAUAUUGUGCGCAUCUGGGCAUCGACCGAUCGCUGUCUGGCCAUGGAUGAUCGCCGCCGCCUUUACUCGUGGGGGCUGGCGAACGCAAAGGGCCGCCUGGGCGUGGUCAAUGGGUUUGCCCUGCAAAAUGUCUUUGAGCCAACGCUUUUGGAUAUUUCUCCGGACCUUGUUGAUCCGGAUCUUAUCGCUCUGGGCAAUGACAUUGCUAUUGUUGUCGGCCCCCACUGUCCCUGA